ACGCCUAACGAUCGCUGAAGUCUCCCGAGUGCACUCGUGCGAUACUACAAACCGAGUAGAUCCGUCCACAUCUGCCAUCUGAAGAUGAACCGUGCCGUCGCUGUGCUGUGUCUGGUGGUCGUAGCGGCGUCCCUUAGCUCUGGGACGUUCGAUGUGCUGCUGAACAAGAAAAAGGAGCUGCUGGGUAAACUGCUGAACAAAGGAGGUAGAGGUGGUUCGUCUUACGGCGAGUACCAUGAGCCUCCACCGAUGGCGUACCAUGCCAGUGUUGGAGUGUCCUAUUCUGGACCUGUGGCCGCUCCAGCUCCAGCACCAGUAGCCUACGCGGAUCGAGCACCUGUAGCUUAUGAUGCUCCGGCUCCGGCACCUGUAUAUUCUGCUCCAGCACCCGUUCAAUACUCGGCACCAGCUCCAGCACCGGCCCCAGUAGUGUACUCUGCACCAGCUCCAGCACCGGCCCCAGUAGUGUACUCUGCACCAGCUCCAGCUCCUGUUCUAUACUCGGCACCAGCUCCAGCACCUGUACAAUACUCUGCACCAGCUCCAGCACCAGUGCAAUACUCUGCCCCAGCACCAGUGCAGUACUCUGCUCCAGCCCCGGCACCUGCCCCAGUGGUGUACUCUGCUCCUGCUCCUGCUCCAGCGCCUGUGCAAUACUCCGCUCCUGCACCUGCUCCAGUGCAGUACACUGCUCCAGCUCCAGCGCCUGCUCCAGUGCAUUACUCGGCUCCAGCCCCUGAACCUGCAUAUCUGGCUGCACCACUUGCUGAUCCGGUUCCAGCUCCAGCACCAGCUCCAGUUCCAGCUCCAGUCUACGGUCCACCCCCAGUGAAGCAGUCUUCUUUCCCAAGCUGCGACCAUGGUUAUACGUACUAAGAAUUGCAGGUCCUUCCAACAUCGGCAACUGUCGAAAAGAGUCAGCUAGAAGCCCCAGCUACACCAGUGGGACACCGCAAGGGACUCAAAACGCGAGAAUAAAUUAAUCACAAAGAGCGUACAUUCGAUUUCGUUUUCAUUUCGCAACCCAAAAGUAAGAGUCUAUUCGUCAACUGUCUCGGAGAGCAAGCUCCCCGAAGUCGUGUUUAACCACCGCGCAAUGUAGUUCGUUUCGAUAGGAAAAGCUAAUGUGACACAUGACAAGUAAUAAAGUUACACU